UAUUGACUUUACAUAUUUACUGCGGCAGUUCAGAUCAAUAAAAAAUGUCAUACCACUUUAGUCUUGGGGCAAAAUUUGUAGAAAGCUUAGGUUCACUCAGUUUCCGAUUUUCAGCGAUUCUUUUUUCAGGUCAAUAUUCGUUAGUACCUGUGUGUUUUGAUGCACUAGCUGGUUAAAUGGAAGCCUUUGGCAGAAGUCACAUAGAUGGUUGUCGAUCUGAAACUUAGCGCUAAAAAAGUGCCUUUCACGAAUUGUCCAGCAAGACAAUUUCAUUAAAAAAAACUUUUUUAUCUCUCCUCUAUUUUUGUCUUUUUUUUUUCUAUAAGGAUAUUUAUUCUUCAAUUUAUAAAGAUACCUUUUACAUUAAAAAUCCAUAUGACCACUACAGAAAAGCUACGUAUUCUUUGCCUUCAUGGCAUGGUACAAAAUGCAGGUGUUUUUAGAAAGAAAACAGCAGUUAUCAGAAAGAAAUUGGAUAAGAUGGCAGAGCUUGUUUAUGUAACUGCUCCACAAAUGACCACUGAUCCUAAAUAUACAUCAGAAGCUCACCGCGCUGCUGCUGCUGACGAAAAUGCUCCUGAAGACGAAAAACCUUUCGCCUGGUGGCAUCCUUACCCUGAUCAGCAAACCGAGGACGGUUUUUAUCAAGGUUUCAAAGAAUCUGUCACAUUUUUGAAAGAAUUUAUGAUCAAAGAGGGUCCCUUUGAUGGUAUUUUUGGGUUUUCUCAAGGCGCUUGUCUUGCUGCUAUCAUGUUGAUUUGUAUGGAGAACCGUGCUUUAAUGCCUGAUCUUUUCAAUUCUGAUUUUAAGCACCCAAAUUUUAAAUUUGCUAUGCUUUGUGCUGGUUUCGUGCCCGAGGCUCAAAAGGCUACUUCAGGUAUUUGGAGCCAUAAAAUUACUACCCCUACACUUCAUAUGAUCGGUGAAGAAGAUAAAUUGAUUCAACCGGCCCUUCAAGAUCGACUUGUAGAGCAAUGCAUUGAACCUACUGUUAUCCGUCACGCAGGAGGUCAUGUUGUUCCCUCUAAUGCUGCUUCUCGUAACGAAACUGUUGCUUUUGUUUCCAAGUUCGCGAAACAAUAGAUUGCACGAUAGAAUUUUACUGAUCAUUGAUGGAACAUUAAUGUGAACAAAUCGAAGCAUUUAGACAUUUUGCAUUUAUUUCAUUCUAUAGAAUUACAGUCAUAGAUUGUUCCUAUUAUUUCAAUUAGAUAUUCCAUUUUUUAUUCAUUUUUUCGACGUUCAAAAUAGACUCAUAAUAAGUUAAAAGCGCAUAUAGUUAUUAUGCGUUCAUUUCUA